AUGUCGUCGUCGUCCCUUCCGCCCUCCAUCCUCAACGUCCCGACGUUGGCCAUCCCAGUUGAUGACGUCGACGAAGAAGUGAGUGCGGCAUUCCUUUACUGCGUCUACCACGACUCCUCAAACUUACUGAGCUUGGCUACUUCCCCAGAUUUUCUUGUUAUACACCCGAAAACUGGGCCUCGUCGAAACCAACUCAAGAACGUCGAGCUCCGAAGGAGCUGCGAAAACCUUGCCCCCCGGGCUGGGAUUCUUGGACACGACCAAGGAAGUCAUUGUUGUACCGCUGCUCAUUGAGCCAUCGGAGAACACUUCAUCACCAACCAAGUCGAAGAACGGGAAGAUCUCAAAGAAGAAAACUGGGCGGGGUGGUGGCCCGCUGCUGCCGAAGGAGUUGGAGGUCAUGGUUUGCCAGGAUUUGCAAGCGUUGAGACAUCGGAAAGGGGAUACAGGUGAGUCAAGGACGUGGCGUUUUACGGGCCAUAACGAAGACGAUUGCGUCACUCACCAUCACUUCUAUCCAUCUCUGCGUAGGAUCGGUCCUUUGGCGCAUCUCGUCAGUCCCCAAUCCACUCAGACUCGCUCGAUGCUGGAAAAUCCCACUCAUCCGCCUACCUACCCUCCAAACAGUAUCCACUUAGCCCACCACUUCCUUAAAGACCACUACUUCCCCUCCCCCCUCCAUCCACCUCUAUUCCCCAGCCUCUCCCACCUCCGAGUUCUCGAGCUCGGCUCAGGAACAGGCUUCCUCGGUUGUGCUUUGGCCCCUUUCUUCGGACAUUGGACCUUUACGGACCAAUUUGAAAGCCUGGCGUUAAUCCAACGGACUUUGAACAAGAAUCAGGCGAAUGAUCUGGCAUUGAUGGAUCCGAGGAGGGUUGAGGUGCAGGAAUUGGAUUGGGUGGAAGAAGCGAAAGAUUCGUCUUCGAACUCGAACUCGACAAAUUAUCCGAACGAAUCGCAAAAAAAUCGAGAGGAUCUAGAACCGCAUCUCAUCAUUGCAAGCGAUUGUAUAUACAACCCAUCGUUGGCAAAACCAUUGGCGAGGACGAUCGCGAAACGGGCGAUCAAGGGCAAGACUGUCGUACUGGUCGCGAGCGAACUGAGGGACCAAGAUGCGCUCGAGAUCUUUCUGGCCGAAUGGAUAGAACUGAACUUUGAGGUCAGGAGGUUGGUUUUUGAUCAGAAUUCGAAAGGGCCCGGUCUGGGAGGCAACGAGUUUGUGGUUUGGAUAGGUUGGAAGGUGUAA